GAGUUCCCUCCCAGGCUGUUCUCUGUGCACGGACCCUGUUUAUUUGAAGUCUUAGGGAAGCACUGAGUGGUCAGAGGUAAGGGCUUUGGCUGGAGAGGCAGACAGUCUCUGAGUGGCCCCAGCACCCAGGUUACGGCAUUCAGUUAAGUUCACAGAGCCUCAGUUUCCCUUCUGUGAAGUAGGGAACGAUUGUGCCUCUCUCACAUUCCUUUUUUCCAGCUGUACUGGGAAGCACUCGCCACGCAUCGCUGUGUAAGUUUAAGGUUUACGGCAGGAUGGAUUGAGUCACACAUGCUAUGCAUGCUGGCGGGGCAGGCUGAGUUAGCAUCUCGCAUUCCUAGGUGAGGGCGCUGCUUAAGGACCGCUGCCCGGAGCACACAGCACCCGUAAAGGAUGGACAGCAAUGUCCCCCGACCCCUGCCUUCAGCACCCUUGGCCGCCGGCAGCACCCAUGUCAGAAUCUCCGCCAACCCAGCGGGUCCAGAUCAUACUCGCUGUUUGCUGCUGGGCCGGCGGGAUGGAUACGUGAAAAAAGAGGUCCCUUCCUGUUUCCUAAUCACUCAGGUCCCUUCCUGGUUCCAGGAACUGGCCAGACAAAUAUUGACCCGGCUGCUGUGAUCUGCAAACACUAUUCUCCUGUGGUUGGAGGCCGCGCAGCACUGAAGACCAGGGCCCGCCUGGCACCUCUCUAGGAUGGAGCCAGCGUGGCUGUGGCUGUGGCUGCUGGGAGCAGGGAUCCUGGCCUCUGCCCAUGGAGACAAGAGUCCGGGGUUGCCUCAAGCCUCCAGGGGUCGGCUCCCAGAGCCAGCGCCCGCCUACCGCCAAGUCACACCCACCAUCACCAGCUUUGCUUUGCGCGUGUACAAGCAGCUGGCAGCGCAAACCCCAGGAAACAUCCUCUUCUCCCCGGUGAGCAUCGCCAGCACCCUGGCCCUGCUCUCUCUCGGGGCCCAAGCCGACACCUCGACCCAGAUCCUGCAGGGCCUGGGCUUUAACCUCACGGAGACCCCGCGGGCCAGCAUCCACCGCGGCUUCCAGAGCCUCAUCCACGCCCUUGGCCUGCCCAGUCCCAAACUGGAGCUGAAAGUAGGCCACUCCCUGUUCCUGGACAAGCAGCUGAAGCCUCGGCAGCGCUUUCUGGACGACAUCAGGGAGCUGUAUGGAGCCGUGGCUUUCUCUGUUAACCUCACGGAUUCUGCCACCGCCUGGAGGCAGAUGAAUGACUACGUGAGGAAGCAAACGUACGGGCAGGUGGUGGACGGCCUGCAGGAGUUCAGCGAGGACACGCCCAUGGUUCUCCUGAACUACAUCUUCUUCAAAGCCAAGUGGAAGCAUCCUUUCCAGCGCUACCAGACCCCAAAGCAAGAGAGCUUCUUCGUGAACGAGAGGACCUCCCUCCACAUCCCCAUGAUGCACCAGAAGGAAAUGCACAGGUUCCUGUACGACCAGGAGCGGGCCUGCACGGUGCUGCAGAUCGAGUACAGCGGCAACGCGCUGGCCCUGCUCAUCCUCCCGGACCCAGGGCAAAUGCAGCAGGUGGAGGCGGCUCUGCAGCCCGAGACCCUGCGGACAUGGAGCCAGCUGCUCCUGCCCAGCGUGCUGGACUUGCACUUGCCAAAGUUUGCCAUUUCUGGAGCAUAUAACCUGGAAGAGAUACUUCCCCACAUCGGACUCAGCAACAUUUUCAACUUAGGAGCCGACUUGCUAGGAGCCCUUGGGCGGCUGAAUGGAACCAUCUUCCGGGUGUCGCACAAGGCAGCCAUGGACAUGAGUGAGCGGGGAACCAAGGCUGGGGCUGCCUCCGGCCUCCUCUCACAGCCCCGGCCUCUGAACGUGACGUGGGCCCCCCACACCCGUUUCAACAGGCCUUUCCUGGUGCUUGUCUGGGAGGUGACCACCCAGAGCUUACUCCUCCUGGGAAAGGUCGCCAACCCAGCUGCAGGCUGACGCCGGGGAGGCACGAGGGUCCUGUCGCCCCUGCAAACCCGCAGGCAGGCCUCAGCCACCCGCAGGCCGAUGGGAGGAAUGUUCAUCCGUGUGCAGAGGCCCGAAUAAAGUUGCCUUGGGUGUUGUGAGCACUGAGAGCAAUGCUCACAAGGAAGGUGGCUCCGCGUUGCCCUUCAUUCGCCCCACAAUCCCCUUGAAUCUAGUGUCGCUUCACCUGUGGUCAAAAAGUUGACAAAGAGAAGAGCUCCAUGUUAUGUCCUGGAAGAUGGCCACACCACCGUCACCAAGUGUCCCAGGAAAAGGCACAAAGGACAUCAGGAGAAAUCAGAGUCUCCCCCUUCGCAGUGGCCACCGUCAGCUCUAAAGCAAAACGAGGUUGUCCUGAAACGUCACUGCCCAGGCGCCAGGG